AUGGAAAUUCAAAUUAAAACUUCAUAUCGACUUCCAACACCAACAAUUAAAAAUAUUUUUUUAAAACCAUUCAAUAAAAAAGAUCAAGAUUAUAUAAUAAUUAUUAUUAAAAUUUUACCAAAUAGACUUCAUUUAUUUUAUAAGAAUAUUUUAAAAGAAAUCUGGAAAUUUCCUUUUGAUAUCAUUGAUGUGACACUUGUAAAUUCUUCAUCAAAUCAUAGCUAUAGUAAUAGUAAAGAAGUAAAUAAGUUUGAUUGGAUAAUUACUUGUAUAGUUCUUGAUGAUAAUGGGAAUUUUUGGAGAGUUGAGUCGCAUAUAAAGAGAGAGAAAAGUGAAAGAACAUUUGAUACACUUAACAAUCAAUCAUCCACAUUCACAUCUGAUACUACUGGAUUAAAUCCGGUCUCUAAAAGAAUGCAUCCAAUUGAAUUCUAUGAAAAAGACAUUAUUUACAAAUAUACCAAAAGUAAUAUAUAUUACUUAAUGCCAUAUGAUAUUUCAAAUGUUCAUGGUAUUUUAACUAGAUGUGAGAAUGGUGAGAUGGAAUUUUUAUCAAUGAAUGAUGAUUAUAAAUCUCUAAAUUCAAAUAGUUUAAAUUAUUCAAUUAAUCAAGAAUCAAUUUUAAAAGGAAAAAAGUCAGCAGAUUCAUCAAUAUCAUUAAUCAAUCAUGAUUUUGCUUCAUUAAUAUUUGGAUUGGAAAAUUUACAGGAGAAGAUAUUCUUAACUGGUUAUUCAGAUGGAUUAAUCACAUUUCAAACACUAAACUCUGUUCCAGAAGCAUUUACUACAUUAAAUGAACCAAUUCAAGCUAUAUAUUCAAUAUGUUUAAAAUUUGAAAGUACUCCAGAAUCUAGUAUUUUAUACUUUACAAGGAGAAAUUCAGAUGAUAUUCAUAAUGCAUUUAUUAUAGUUGGUGAAGAGGGUACAAUCACUUUGAUUACCAUUGAUUCUGCUUCAAAACAGGAUUCUACUAUUGCAUCAAUUGCAUAUAAAGAAUAUCAUGUUCCAAAUACUGUUCAUUCAUCUUUUCUUUAUAAGAAUAGAUCGAUCAUGUCAGUUGAUAAAGGACAAAUAAUAUCUUUAAAUUUUGAUCAAGUGAUUUACAAAAAUGAACAAUUUAUCACUUUAAAUCCUGAUUUCAUUGAUUUUCCAAACGGAUGUGUUAGAAUAUGUUGUUUAAAUGAAUUUGAUGAUGGUGGAAUAUUAUGUGGAAUAUUUCAAGAUGGUAGAUUUAUUUUUGGAAAAUUUACAUUUACAGAUUCCAAUCAAUUAAAAAGACAAAUCAGAAAACAAUUGAAUUCCAUAGCAAAAUGUUCCUCAAGGCAAAAUGAAUAUGAAAAACUUAUUCAAAAUUUAAAUUCUGCACAAAUUAUAAGAAAUAAUGUACUAAAUAAUUUACAUAAAAUUAAAAAAAAGAAAGAUGAUAUUAUAAUAAAUAGCAAUAGCAAUAAUGGUGAUGAUUAUCAUUUUAUUAAAGUUGAAUGUAGCCCUAUAUUUUUAUCAUCAUUAUUGACAAGUAGUAUAACAAACAAAACUUUUUUAAAAAUAAGAUUAAAGAAUAGAUUAGGAAUUGAUUGGUCUAAACACUGGUCAUUAAUUGUUGCUUUAAAAGAUAGUAAAACUUUUAAUAAUAACAGUGAGUCAAAUGAACUACCAAAAGAACCAUUACAGACUUUAACUUAUUCCAUCUCAUUAUCUGAUAUGACAUCAAUAUGGGAACAUGAUGUAGAAAUAAAUUUAAGAUUUUUACAAUUUCCUAUAAUGAUUAAUCUUGGUUUGACAUUUUCACUUCCAGUUCCAAAUAAUAUUUUUAAUGAAAAACUUAAUAAAUCAAAAUCAGAAUAUUUUUCUUUGGGAAAAUUCCAAUAUGAUAUUCUAGAUUUUAUAAAACCUUGUCCAGAAUUUAUUUUAGAAAAAUUAAAAGAACAAAACAAGAUUUAUAAAAAAGGUUCAUUGGAUUUUGUUCCUUCACUUGAAGCUGAUUUCUGUUCAACUAGAAGCGAAUUUAGAAAAAAUUUGGAAAAAUUGAUUAAUGAAAAUAAUUAUAUAAAAAAUGGAAUUGAGAAAUGUUUAAGCACAUUAUUAGGAGAAUAUCUUGAAGAAGAUCAAUUAAAGAAUAUCAUAAAAUCAGCAGAUCAUGCAAUAUUCAUUACACCUUUAAGUUUAGACCCUGUUACAAUAAAUCUAAGUAAAGUUGAAUUAAAAAUCUCAUGUCAAUCACCCGAAGUAAUAUUUUUUGUAGAAGCAGCAAUGUUAACCAGAUUGAAUGAAUUAACAAUAAUAAAGAGUAAAAAUGAUGCUAAUAAAGGUGAUGCUAAUAUGAUGGAUAUUGAUGAUAAAUCAGACAAAUUAGCAUCACAAUUAAUGGAAAUCAAGAUUAAUCAAGAAAUGUUAUUAAGCAAUUAUUGCUCAAAAAGUUCAGAGAUGAAUUUAACAGAAAUGACAAAUUGUGCACAAAAAAUUGAAGAACAAGUUAAAGAACUUGUUAAAACUAUUAGAAGUGAGAUAAAUGAACGUUGCUUGAGAGAAGGAGGAAAUUCAUGGAUUAAUAAUGAUACUUUUGUAGAAAUUUAA